AUGUCUGGAACUCCCAGUCAUAAGAUUUUAUAUUCCAGAACUAAACCCAGUUACUGUAGGGUAUCGAACGAAAUCAAAAGGUUCGACGAUUACGACGAAUGCGAGGGAUACGUUAAGAAUUACGGUGAGUGGACAAAUUUUCCGGAUGGGGAGCGAAGCGGGAGAGGGGGAAGUGAAAAGAAAAGGAAGAGAAUAGGAGAGUGGAAAUAA